CGGAAGUGCUUUUCUAAGGUUCGGGCCGGAGAGAGGCCUGGUAGGCACAGCCGCAGAGGCUCCUUCGGCUCCGUGGACUCGGAGCAGGGGCUCCAACCCGGGUCAGAGUUUGGAGGUCCACGGCCACGCACCCGCGCCCCGUGACCUUCCAGCGCCCGGGCGGACGAAAUGGCCAUUAAGAAGUAGAUGCCCAGAUACAAAGGUGAUGAAACAGUCCAUUUGUCAUAAAGUAAGAUGCAUCUGUGGCCUUUUAACCAUAUUAGAACAAAAUUGUAUCUGUUUUCCUCAGAAGAGAAUUCCACAAGUGCUCACAUGGUCUUCUGAAGAAGCCAUGGGUAGCUGUUGUAGCUGUCCAGAUAAAGACACUGUCCCAGAUAACCAUCGGAAUAAGUUUAAGGUCAUUAAUGUGGAUGAUGAUGGGAAUGAGUUAGGUUCUGGCAUAAUGGAACUUACAGACACAGAAUUGAUUCUAUAUACCCGCAAACGUGAUUCAGUAAAAUGGCACUACCUCUGCCUGAGACGCUAUGGCUAUGACUCGAAUCUCUUUUCUUUUGAAAGUGGCCGAAGGUGUCAAACUGGACAAGGAAUCUUUGCCUUUAAGUGUGCCCGUGCAGAAGAAUUAUUUAACAUGUUGCAAGAGAUUAUGCAAAACAAUAGUAUAAAUGUGGUAGAAGAGCCAGUUGUAGAAAGGAAUAAUCAUCAGACAGAAUUGGAAGUCCCCAGAACACCUCGAACACCUACAACUCCAGGGUUUGCUGCUCAGAACUUACCUAAUGGAUAUCCCAGAUAUCCCUCAUUUGGAGAUGCUUCAUCUCAUCCUUCAAGCAGACAUCCUUCUGUAGGAAGUGCUCGCUUACCUUCAGUUGGUGAAGAAUCUACACAUCCUUUGCUUGUGGCUGAGGAACAAAUACAUACCUAUGUCAACACUACAGGUGUGCAAGAAGAACGGAAAAAUCGCACAAGUGUGCAUGUCCCAUUGGAGGCAAGAGUUUCUAAUGCUGAAUGCAACACACCAAAAGAAGAACCAAGUAGUAUUGAAGACAGGGACCCUCAGAUUCUUCUGGAACCUGAAGGUGUCAAAUUUGUUUUAGGACCAACCCCUGUUCAGAAGCAAUUAAUGGAAAAGGAGAAACUGGAGCAACUUGGAAGAGAUCAAGUUAGUGCAAGUGGUGCGAAUAACACAGAAUGGGACACUGGCUAUGACAGUGAUGAACGAAGAGAUGCACCCUCUGUUAACAAACUGGUAUAUGAAAAUAUAAAUGGGCUAUCUAUCCCUAGUGCCUCAGGGGUCAGGAGAGGUCGUCUGACAUCUACCAGUACCUCAGAUACCCAGAAUAUCAACAACUCAGCUCAGAGAAGAACUGCAUUAUUAAACUAUGAAAAUUUACCAUCUUUGCCUCCAGUUUGGGAAGCCCGCAAGCUAAGUAGGGAUGAAGAUGACAACUUAGGACCAAAGACCCCAUCUCUAAAUGGCUACCAUAAUAAUCUAGAUCCAAUGCAUAACUAUGUAAAUACAGAGAAUGUAACAGUGCCGGCAAGUGCUCACAAAAUAGAAUAUUCAAGGCGUCGGGACUGUACACCAACAGUCUUUAACUUUGAUAUCAGACGCCCAAGUUUAGAACACAGGCAGCUCAAUUACAUACAGGUUGACUUGGAAGGUGGCAGUGACUCUGACAACCCUCAGACUCCAAAAACGCCUACUACUCCCCUUCCACAAACCCCUACCAGGCGCACAGAGUUGUAUGCUGUGAUAGACAUCGAGAGAACUGCUGCUAUGUCAAAUUUGCAGAAAGCACUGCCACGAGAUGAUGGUACAUCUAGGAAAACUAGACAUAAUAGUACUGAUCUGCCCAUGUGAGCCUGGAAAGCAUUAUGUUGUUUGCACCUUUGUGAAGUUUUUUAAAAUGAAGAUGCAAGUGCUUCAUUUUCAUUUCUACACUAACUCCUUUUAUAGACUGAUAAAAAUUUUUUCUGAAUAUUUCAUGUGCAUCUUUAAAGGGAAUUAAUGUAGAGCAGGUACUCCUUAAAGAAGACUAAUUUCAUUAUAUACUACUCAUUAUUGUAUAGCAGCAUUCCCAUUUUCACAGUGCCUAUUUAAAAUGAGAGUUGAAAUGAAUGACAUGCUGGUUGAUUUUUAUUCAACAUUCUGGGACUUACGUGUAUCUUUCAUGUCUAAGUCAUGGUUGGCAUUUAAAACUUUUUAUAAAGCCUCUUGAUAAUGUGCAUUGCUAACACAUAACUCUAGGGCUUUGAAAGUAAUAUUUGCAGAUUCACUUCACAGUAUGUGGCCUCCAGCAUGUUAACCUGAGGAAUCCUUUAUUUCACUAGUUAAAGGCUUUUUGACUUGAGCCAAAACAUAUGAAAAGGAAACAGAAAUACCACACCUCCUUUGAUAGCAGUCAGCUCCUUUGCCUUCAGUGUUACUAGAAAGAGUCUGUGUCAUGAAUAUAGUUUGCUGUUGGUGUGUGCUGAAAGACAGGCAGGAGAUAAGAUUUUCUGUUUACUCAUCUCAUGAUGUGAUUUGAAGGGCAUGUUUGGGUAUCUUACUCAGAAUUACAGUAGGCUUAAGAAUCAGUCUCAGGUCACUUUACCCAAAAACGUUUUUUGAAAAUCUGAACCAAGAUCUGUUGAAUUUUCUCUCCUAUAGCUUAUUGGUGACACAUUGUUUUCUGGAGGCUUUUGUGUCAUUUGGUUCCCAUUUAACUUCAAUUUCUUAGUGUUUGGGAUGUCAUAUUUUGUUGUUUAAUGUCUUUAUCAAUUUAAAAUGUUUGAGUUUGUAUAUAGUUUUGAAAUUGGAUUAUGUGUUCAUUGUUUCUUAGUUUGCAUUUUUGUCAAAUUAUGGUUUUGAAGGUUCAUUUGGAACUUACUGUUAUUCUAUAACAGGGUUGCCCUUGUCCAGUAUUUAUUUAUAUGCUAUUUACUUUUCAAGUUGAAAAAAACCAUUUUCUCAAUUUUAAAUUUCUCUUCUGUCUGUAUGCGAUAUCUUAGAAUUCCCUCAGCUACGUUGCUGCAGUUGUACUCUUGCUCACUCUGCUGUUCCUUGGCUCUGCUGUCCUCUCACUUGUAGUCAGUUCUCUGAUUAUCCCUUGAUUUCAGUGGAAUGUUAAUAUUGUUGCCAGCAUAGCAGGUACAGUGGAAGUCUUGUAGUAAUGAGAUUGUGUCAUAAUUUAGAGUGUAAAAUGAACGGAAGUUUAUAUAUACUGAGGAGAGUUCAGAUGUCAAACUCUUGGAAAAUCAAUGUUCCAUAUUCCAAAACACUAGAAAAUAUAAGAGAAGAUUGAGUAGAAAGAAGGUUGGGUAACCUUGCAAAAUAUUUUAUUGUUUUUCUCUAAAUAUGAGGAAGUUUGAGAUUGUGGUCUGGAUCUACCAGAUGUAACUAAGGUUAAUUUAGUAAGAAAACAUUUCAUUUAUAUAACAUCCAAUUUAUCCAAUAAAUAACCUAGUGAUAGAAGAAUGAAUGGAUUAGCAGAACAAUAGAGUGGGACCAUUAUUUAAAAAAAUACUACAGGUAUCUUUUUCAUCAUUUUCAGUGCCAUUAUUUUAUUAGCAUAGCAAGAAUUUUGUUGUCCCAUCCCGUCCCCCCCCCCUCUGAAUUUGGUGCUUACUAAAAGGUUCACUGUUCUCUUAAAAAGCAGUGGUGUAGAUGUGCGUUUCCCUGAUUCCAUUUUUAAUAUGUUGUUCCAUUUUUAUCCUUUCUUAGUAGAGUUGCUAAUUGUGCCAAAUUUAUGUACUGGUUUUUGUAAUAUGGAAGAAUUAUUAUUAUGGAACCAAUGCACAUGGUUUUCUCUGAAACAAGCAGUCAAGGCAGAAUAUAAAUCUCCAAAUGAAAGGGCUGAUCUGUUUAUUCAUUUUGGAGGUUGGAUACUUUAUUUUUCUUUCCCUCAUCUUUUUUACUUUUUCCUCCAGAUUCUAAUUUAGUUUUUAUAUUUUUUUAGGUAACUAAGAUAAUCAGUACAAUUUAUGCUUUAAAUGCUGUGUGCUUUAAAAAUGAAAAUGGGACCAAUUUGUCUGCUAAGAAGUUGAUUUUAAGGUACUAUAAGAAUAUUAGGAAGAGAUAUACAACUGGUGUUAAUUCUGGAUGUCUUCUGGAAGUCACCUGUAUUCCUAUUUAAUGAAAAGUAAGUUAGAAUACUACUUGUCCUUCACAGUAGUCUAGUAAUGGGUAGUAAGCCCUGUCCUGGAAGAAUGUACCUAUUACCAGGUGCAUUUUAGAUUGCAAUAUUUUACUGGCAUAUAAUUGUGGCCAUAUGUCUCUGAUUUUCUGAGACUAAUCUAAUUUUAGAUAUUUGGUUUUGUUCAUAGAACAUGUGAUUCUACUUUUUGGCUUUGGAAAUAUAAUCAUUGUUCAUUUGGGUUUCCUAGUAGAACCCUCUUUUAUCCAUGUUGAUCAUAACAACAUUUAUCCCAGACCAGGGUUGGAAGCUGAUAUGGGUAUUACCUAUGGUUUUCUUAGUGUUUUAUUUCACAGUUUGAUUUUCCUUUUAAAAAUGAAAAUACGGUGCCUUCCCUCUCUCCAGGAAGAUUGGCAAAGAGUUCCUUUUAUUGACUGCUGCUGUGGAGUGAUGAGAUACGCACUUUACUCUUGAAGACUCAGUAAAAAGCUUUUCACUUCUCAGUAUAUCCAGAAUAGAUCGCAUGUGGGACUUAAAAAAAUUUGCCAAGCAGUUUUUGUUUUUAUAGAUAUUAAUGUUUACCCUCCCUGCCCCCAGUUCAAUGUUAUUAGAAUAAGUCAAACUGAUGUUUAUCUUCCUACCUACUUCCUAAACUUUGUGGCACAGUAUAUAAAAAUGUACCUCAGUAAUGUUCUGUUAAAAAUGGGACAGGGGCCUUAUGUUUUCAUAAUUUACAACAAUGUGCCAUCAGGUGUUUGCCUCAAGUUAAAGAUUUUAACAAACUGACAAGUACUUCCCAGUUUCCCCCUGUGCUGUUCCUAACCCAUAAUGCCUAAGUGUUUUGUGCAAUGUGUAGUGUGUGUAUAAAUAUAUAUAUUUGGGAAAUAGACAUACCAUCAAAGGCAUCAUUCAGGAGUAACUGAUGUAUUGACAUCUCAUUCAUAUUUCUGAUGUGUGAGGUAUGUGGUACUAAUUACCUUUUCCUUGAUGUUUGCCAAAUUUGAAUAAAGGCAUUGGUACGAAAUUACAGAAUGUAUAGAAAAUGUUUUUGGCUUGAAAAAUUAACAAAUAUUUUAUGACAUACCACAAUAUACUCUGCCCAAACCAGCACCCUAUCUAUCUUUUCCCUGUUCUUUACAUCUCUGUUCCCCAUCCUUACUUCCUCAUUUUUGGGGGGUAUAACAUUUUUUUUGUAGCAUCAUUAUAGUUGCAAUUUAUGACAAUUGGGCGAUAUAGCAUGGAAACAGACUGGUAUCAAUAGUACAGUAGUCACCAGUGUGCCACAUUUGCAUUAGUAAAUGCAAAAUAUACGUUUUAUAAAGGACAAACUUUGUGUUAUGUUUUUAUUUGCAUUGUAUAAUAUUGUAAGAUUAUUGUAUGUCCUAAUUUGCAUAAUAAAUGUUUUUUCCUACGUAAAGGCAUAAAUAUAGCAACUUUGUAUAAAGGUAGCUUAUUAGAUUUUUAUUUUUUUCUUUUAUAAAAAUUGUCUAACAGUGGGACUACCAUUGCCAAAUUGUAUAUGAAAUAUGAAUUUUACCCCCAUAAUUAAUUUCUUUUAAAAACAUUCCAUAUUUCUCUAAUAAAAGACAUAAGUGAUACUGUACUAUGCACAAAUUGUAUUUUAAUGCUGUUUCAUAUCAGCAUUUAAAAUUUUGGUUUGCAUUUUUAAUCUUGGCAAAACUUAACCACUGUUAAUUUAAAUAAAACCUUGUUGUAUAUGUAACAUCAUUUGCCCUCUGUCCCUUCCCACCCUUUGUUCUCUAUUUCUCCCUAUCAGUGCCAACUUAAUACAUUUUGUAGCAUGGCAAUAAAAUACAACUUUUACACUGAG